AUGCUCGAAGGCGUCUGCAGAUAUCGUGAGAGGGGAGGUGAAGAUAUCCAGGUAUCUGAGUUCGUUGAUUCCAAAAAACCACACUACGGGGUGAACUUCUUCGUUGGUCGCGACGAAAGUGUGCAACCAUGUUUCCUGGGUGCCACGGAGCAAAUUGUCACCAAGAAUGGCGUCUGGGUUGGUGGGAUCAUCGAUUACCAGGAACAAGGGGAGCUCGAGAGACGUCUACGGAACACGAUUGCUGCUGUGGCACGCACAUUGCAACAGCACUCAUACGUAGGCUGGGUUGGCAUCGAUGUUAUCUUUGACAGUAAUGACCGGCCUUUGGUGGUGGAUCUGAAUGCUCGUAUAGCCGCCGGAAUUGGGAUUGUCCUUUUUUCGAAGCACUUUAUGUCCAUGGGACUUCCGUUUGCUCGGAUGAAAACGGUAUCAUUUCCUGGCCCAGCUUCAGGAAUCUACACUGCGCUAUCUGCGAGUAUUGAGUCUGGACAGGUGAUUGUCACUCUCUCAGCGGAAGUCACAGAUACCGAGUCUGUUGCCUCGGUAGUCUUUGGUGGUCGUACUCGAGAUGAUUUGAAUGCAGUGGCAGAUUGGAUUGAGGACGUGCUGCGAACUUGCCUUCACUAA